AUGUUGACCAAGACGACUUUGCCAUCUGCCUCCGCUCCCGACGCCUCACCAUCUCCCUCUUCCCCAACAAACCCAAAAACCAAACCCACGAAUACUAUACCACCCCAAGGCAAAACACUCUAUCCCACCUCAGGCUCCGGCAUCCCCGAACUCAAAACUCUUCUCAGCGGCUUCACCAUUCCCUCCCUUCUCACCUUCCCCGUGCUCCUUACAAAAUCCCUCGGCGCAAUCUUCGCCGUAUCCGCAAACCUCUGUUUGGGAAAAGAAGGCCCCUUUGUCCACAUCUCCACCUGCCUCGGCCACCUCAUCGGCCAUUUUCUCCCUAAAUACUCCGGUAACGGUCGUAAAAUGCGGGAACUACUGAGUGCUUCUUGUUCAGCGGGUUUGAGUGUGGCAUUCGGUGCGCCGAUUGGCGGCGUAUUGUUUAGCUAUGAGGAAGUGAGUACGUUUUUUCCACGAAAGGUACUGUGGCGUGCGUUUUUGUGCUCGUUGACGGCGGCCAUGGUUUUGCGGGAGCUGAAUCCUACGGGGACGGGCAAGUUGGUGCUUUUUGAGUCGCGGUUUGGGGAGGAGGGGUAUGAGAUUGUUCAUUAUUUGGUAUUUGUGUUGCUGGGAGUGGCGGGCGGUGUGUUUGGGGGACUGUUCUGUAAGGCGAAUCUUCUGUGGGCGAAGUGGUUUAGGACUUUUAGGGUUAUCAAGAGGAAUCCGGUGUUGGAGGUUGCGGUCGUGGUGUUGGUGUCGGCGCUGGUGCAGUUUCCGCACCCGCUGGUUAGGGAGAUGGGGGAUGUGGUUGUUAAGAGAUUGCUUGUGGAUUGUGGAGAUGAGGAUACGAGGGGGGAGUGGGUGUGUCGGAAUGAACUGCUCAUGCAGUCUGCUGAUGAUACGGUGAAUUGGAAGUACGUGGGUUGGUUGGUAUAUGGAACGAUUGCGAAACUGGUGCUUACGACGAUUACAUUUGGUAUCAAGGUACCCUCUGGUGUCAUCAUUCCCGCGCUAGACGCAGGAGCGCUGUUUGGGAGGCUCGUCGGUCAGCUUAUUGGCAGUAUUAGUCCCGGUAUCUUCGCCAUGGUGGGCGCUGCGGCUUUCCUUGCGGGAGUGAGUCGUAUGACUAUCUCAUUGGCAGUCAUUAUGUUCGAGCUCACAGGCCAACUUUCCUACACCGUCCCCUCCAUGCUCGCCAUACUCAUCGCCAAAUGGGUCGCCGACGCAAUCUCCUUAGAGGGCGUCUACGACAUUGCCCAAACACUCCUCUCCCACCCUUUCCUGGAUCCCGACACCGCCAUUGCAAUUGUCAGACAACACAAAGCCUGUGUGCAAGUCCUGAUACCGCCAAAGCGCACCAUGGACGAAAUCACCGUUCAUGUACCUAUAAGUAACAAGGUUGAUGUAGAUCUGCUCACGGGAAAACUCAAUACGUUGAAGGAGAGGGGAUUGAUGGACGCUGGGCUUGUGCUUGUGCAAGACCAUGGAGGCGUACCUAUCUUGCAGGGCUAUAUAUCCCAGGCUGAGCUGGAGUUUGGUCUUACUAAACUUGUCCCAGAUAUGCUGCGCACUCAAGACGAGAUCCUGGUCAGAUUGUUGGGUCACCAGAUUGACGAUGGAGUAAGCCCGCAGAGUCUGGAGAUGGAUCUUACACCAUUCGUCGAUCGCACUCCUCUGACCAUUUGUGCAAAGGCGCCACUAGAGUACGCCGUUGAGAUGUUCUCCAAGCUAGGGUUGAGAUAUCUCAUGGUGACAGAGGAAGGCACAGGCCAACUGGUAGGUGUAGUCAUCAAGAAGAGGUUGGUGGGGUACCUGGAACAGCUAAGGGAGCAUGGCCCAAGACGAUGA